AUGCCCAAUGCGAAGGAAAAUUCACGAAUCGUGAGGGUUAAAGUUAUAGCUGGCAUUGGCCUUGCCAAGAAGGAUAUCUUGGGAGCUAGUGAUCCGUAUGUGAGAGUGACGUUAUAUGACCCGAUGAAUGGAGUUUUUAUAAGUGUGCAAACGAAAACCAUUAAAAAGACUUUGAAUCCAAAGUGGAAUGAAGAAAUAUUAUUCAGAGUCCAUCCGCAGCAGCACCGGCUCCUUUUUGAAGUGUUUGAUGAAAAUCGGUUGAUUCUUCCUGAAGAGGUUACCACUACACGCGAGUUAGGGUUGAGCCUCUUCUUAUGGGAGUUGCUGGCCUACAGACCUACAAUUUACCCGGGUUCCACGGGCCACUUGUGUGACAGAUCCUGUGAUGUCCCAGACCUCAGCCAGCAACAGGAGCUGUUCAGCCUCUAG